AGAGCAAAGAACAGCUUUGAACUGUCUAUAAUUCACUGGGGUCUCCUGGCUUGAGUAAUUUUUAUUUCUUCAUUUGUACCAGGAACCCUCAUCCAGAAAUGAGUUCUCCACUGCACACUGACAGCACCGAAAAUUGCCCCCCCAGACUGAUAGAUAGUUUGGAACCUUGGGUGUGAAAACUCUUAACGUCUGGGACGUGUGAGGUGAGAACCUUGCAAGAACAACAAGAACCAAAACCCAUCUUCAGAAUCUCCUUCAUCAACCACGAAGCAAGCAGUUCGUCCGUGCUCUUUAACACCAAAGCCCUGUAAUUAUGAAGCUUUCUUCAUGUGCUCUGGUUUUCCUGGCUGCUGGGGUUUAUAUGUCUUCAGAGUGUUUCCAUACUGAAAUCAUUGGAGGGAGAGAAGUACAGCCACAUUCCAGGCCAUUUAUGGCUUCCAUCCAGUACCGCAGCAAGCAUAUUUGUGGAGGAGUCCUGAUCCAUCCGCAGUGGGUGCUGACAGCUGCCCACUGCUACUCUUGGUUUCCCAAAGGCCACUCUCCCACAGUGGUAUUAGGAGCACAUUCUCUUUCAAAGAACGAGCCCAUGAAACAGACAUUUGAGAUUAAAAGAUUCAUCCCAUUCUCAAGAUUUCAGUUUGGUUCCGAAUCCCAUGACAUCAUGCUGAUAAAGCUUCACACUGCUGCAGAGCUGAACAAGCAUGUCCAACUGCUUCACCUGGGAUCCAAAAACUUUAUUAGAGAUGGAACCAAAUGCCAGGUUACUGGCUGGGGAGCCACCAAGCCAGAUCUGUUAAUUGCUUCUGAUACCCUUCAAGAAGUCACUGUUACCAUAAUAAGUAGAAAACGUUGCAACAGCCAAAGCUACUACAACCACAAACCUCUUAUAACCAAGGACAUGAUAUGUGCAGGAGAUGCCAGAGGCCAAAAGGAUUCCUGCAAGGGUGACUCUGGUGGCCCUUUGAUCUGCAAAGGUGUCUUCUACGCCUUAGUCUCUCAAGGCUAUAAAUGUGGCAUCGCCAACAAGCCUGGAAUUUAUACCCUAUUGACUAAGAGAUAUCAGACCUGGAUCAAAAGCAAGCUUGCCCCAUCGAGUGCACAUUGAGAUUGCAAGAGAUUUUCCUAGAUCUGCCAGGAACUUGUUUCUUUUUUCAGGAUGUGCUUGCAGACUGGCUUCCUCUUCAGAGGUAGCUGUCUGUAGGAAGAGCGUCGUACAGCUAGGAUGUAUUUCUGUUCCUUAAAAAUUUAUUUUGUUAGGGAGCUAUGGUUUCUUUUCCACAUGUAGUAAUGAUUUCUUUUUAUCACACUGGUUUCAUUCUAAAUAAAAUGUGAAAGUCUGUGCUUGUCUUAAUGGAUACUAAGCAA